GUGAUUAGAAAACGUUUAGGAAAUUGAAACUGUGCAAAAAGCAGCUGAGACGGUGGAGUGGCUGGGAUGGCUUGAAAGAGUUACAGGCUGUCAUACUAUAAGAUUUGCCAUCAUGUGAUUUCUCAGAAUAAACCAGAGAAGGAGAAGAAUAAAAUAGAGAAGGAGAAGCCAUGGCCUGUGCUCGAGUGCCUCUGGAUGAGCAGCAGGUGACAGAGCCGGGCCCACUGGGAAAAGAGCGCAAGCUGCCUGCACUGCACCCAGACAGGAGAGAGGAGCGCUGCUUCGUGCCUUACAAGCCCCCUCCUGAAGAGGCCUCUCCAGCCGAGGUGGAGGAGUUUUUGGAGCAUGCCCGAUUCAUCACAGAGGAUCUGGAGUGGCUGCUCUCACUGCCCCACGACAAGUUCUGGUGUCAGGUGGUGUUUGAUGAGUCCCUGCAGAGGUGUCUGGACUCAUAUCUGCAUCAAGCCCCUCGUGGCCUGGACCUCGCUGCCCUCCCCCCCUCACCGUCGGUCGCUGAGAUGCAGCGGUCCGUCCACAGGUCCGUCUUCUUGACCUUCCUCAGGAUGGCCACGCACAAAGAAUCUAAGGAGAACUUCCUCACUCCAGCUGUCUUUGGAGAAAUUAUUUAUGACAACUUCCUGUUUGACAUUCCCAAACUUUUGGAUCUGUGUGUGCUCUUUGGGAAGGGCAACAGCCAGCUGCUGCAUAAGAUGAUUGAGAACAUCUUUACUCAGCAGCCGUCCUACUACAAUGACUUGGACGAGACGGUCCCCACCGUGUUACAGGUUUUUGACUCAAUCCUGGAGAAGUGUGGUAUUCACUGUGAAGGAGCCACUGCCAUGGAGCCAGUAAAGCUGAGUGCGCACAAACAACCCACUGCCAUGACCAUGAGCAAACAGGAACUUGAAGAUAUUAUUUUGUACCUGUGCGACUCAACCACCACCAUCCAUGCCUUCCUGGACAUCUUCCCUGCAGCCUGCUCCAGCUUCCAAUCCCACUGUUUCCUCAGCAGACUGACUUCAUUUUAUGAGACCGCUGUGCCUGAUCUUGAGAAGGCAGUUAGGAAGAGAAACUUUGACGAUAAAGGUCUUCAGGAGAAUUUGUGGAAGAGGCUGUCUCACUCCUGUCGUAAGAUGGUGGAGAUGGCUCACCUGCUGCUGCACCACACCUGCCUACAGCCAAUCCUGGAGGGGAAAGAAAACAUGCAGACGUUUGCAGAGGAACUUCUGCAAUAUUUCACGUCUUUUCUAACUGAGAAAAGGUUUUUGACAGCCUAUGAUGAGCAGUUUCCCAUCGCAGACGACAUCAGCCUCCUGCAACAGGCCCUUCCUGUCAUUGAUGAGACCAGGACGUCCUACUUGCUCCAGGGAGUGGAAAGUGCGUGGGAAGGCGCGGGCCGACGGAAACCACACAGCCAGGUUCAGAAUAAAUUCUCCUCGUUGCUGCCUGGCGAACAGGGAGCAGCAGGUGGCGCCGCAGCUGCUGCUUCGCCUUCAUAUGGCUUCAAACCUCAGGAGGUCAGAGAGCGAGGAGGAGAGAGUCCGAGGGGAGCGGAGGCCAUGCUGGACGUUCCCCGGAAAGGAAACAAUGGUGCAGUGUGUUCGGUGAGCGGCGCGGAGCUGGAGUCGCUCCUGUCGUGUAUCAGGGACCUUCUUCCCGAUCUGGGCGAAGGCUUCCUGCUGGCGUGCCUUGAGGAGUACGACUACAACUCUGAGCUGGUCAUCAACAACAUCCUGGAGGACCGGUUGUCCCCCAGCCUGGACAAACUGGACCGGGCCAUGCCAAGGCCCGUGAAGGAGGACCUCCCGACUCUUCUGAACAACCGCUCCAACGUGUUUGAUGACGAUGAGUUCGACGUGUUCCGUAGAGACCAGGUGGACAUGUCCCGCAUCUGGAAGGGCAGGAGGAAAGGAGAGAGCGCUCGAGACAUGCUGAACAACAAGGAGCACAUCGAGGAGCAGAGAGCUCGUUAUCAGGCCUACGAGACGGUGGUGGACGAGGUCGUCAUCGAGCCUGGAGAGUCCUCUGCCGCGUACGGCCUGGACGACUACGACGACGAGUACGACGACACCUACGACAUGAACCAAAUAGGAGCCAAUGACCUGGACGGAGACAGUCUCCUGAACAGAAGGCCUUUCACGACCCCACAGAUACUGAGGAAAGGAAACAAAGUGGAGGAAGAGGAGGAGAGUGAAGAUGAUGAGGAGGAAGGCACUUUACAGAACAAUACAAACAGGGAUCAGUUCGUGCAGGACCCAGCUCUGCUGAGAGAGAGGGCAGAAGCCAGGAGAGCCGCUAUGCAGCAGAGGAAAGGCAUCCGACCGGAGCGUUCCAGCAACGUGGUGGGUCGACCUAAAGGCCAAGGACAGACCUUGGACACAUUCCUGGACCGACGCAAGAAGGAGGCCAACAAGAGCCACGUAAGCAACCACAACCGGCGCAGCAUGGCCGACCGCAAGAGGAACAAAGGCAUGAUCCCCUCCUGACCCGAGGGACGGCCGGCGGCUGCUGCUGCUGCUGCUGCUGCUCGAAAUAAACUAAGUGACGCUGGGAGAGGGAGGCGGCGGGAACGUGGAUGAGGUGCGAGUGAAUUAAGGUUGCUCACGUUCCAGCUGUGAAGUCUGAAGGCCGUGAGAACCUCCACAGGUUUUCAGUUUUCAUUGAAAUUAUGUAUUCAUUAACACCGGGCCACACGUUCAGAUUGUUGUGAUUCUAAGUUGCUAGCGACGCGUAGAAGUGCUACCGGACUUCGAACCUCGAGGACGGUCGGCUGUUUGGAUUUUAAUUCACAGCUCAUUAAAAACCAAAGUGCUGAGAGUGAGCCAGGAAAUGACGACAAAGAAUAAGACCUUUAUUUUUGCCAAGUAACAAACUAGCUUAUUAUUAAGAUCCACAGUUUGACAUCAUCAGCAACCUACGUAGGAGUAAAGGGAAGGGAGAGACUGCAGUUCCUCGUGUAGCUGGAAGAACAAUUAGUGACCUACGAUCAAGCCUGGACAUCAGCGGCCGACUGCAUGUAAACAUACGUGUCGUCGUCCACCCACUUCACACCACCGGUGUCCAGCUUCACGGAAAAAAACAAAAGAGAUGAGCUCAGUGAGCAUCUUAUGGGAUGCUGUCGUGUUUGGAAGCACAUGCUGAACAGCGACGGGCUGUUGACAAACCUACAUGUUGCCAUGCGCACUCUAUUUUCUAUAAAGAGAACAGAUCGAUGGAGCAUUUUGUAACAAAAAAAAGCACACGUAAUUGCUUUUUGGAGUUUACAUUACAAAAUAAAACAGAGUUGUUUUGA